CAUCCAUUGGCAUGAAAUUGAAGCAGCAAGGUGUUUUUCCCACUCAAUAAGCUCUGCGCCGGCGGGAUUGAACCUCCCAGAACCAAUUAUCGCCAUAGCAAAGAGCUAGAAGAAAGAGAGGCGGAAGAAGGGGAAAAUGCUUGCCGGCACAAGAAAAGCUAAAGCUGAAGGAAAGUCGUGCGGAAAGAUAAGUAGAGAGGGUGAAGAGUUCCCAUUUAAAGUUUAAACUGUGGGAAUAAGAGACCAAAGGGCAAGCAAUAAUGAGCAUUAAUCACCACGUAUUGACAGAGCUCGAAAGACGAAAAGGCCUCGGACAACGCAUAAGGAAGGGAUACCACCGACAAAACCAAUCGAUUUUCGCGCCCGCCAGACACGCAAAAAAAAAAAAAAAAGAAAGGAAAAGAAGAAGUUAGAAGGAGGAGCCUCAGGAGCUUUACUACUCCUCGAGCCCUUCAAGCCGAAGAGCUCAAGAAGUGGGGGGCAAGUGAUGAGGAGAACGCCCUCGGUCCCAUAAUUACGCCAAGACGGAUACCCAAUGGCGGUCAGGAGAUACGUUUCCCAAUAGGGAGUUUAGUCUGUGAUCUUCUUGUUUAAAUCUAGAAGAUACAUGACAGACAAGUAUCGCCACGUCAAUCAGAUAGGCACUCAGUAAAGAAAUCUCCGAGGCCGUAGGAACAAGCUAACUCACCGAAGGUCACAGAGGCAACAGCUAUCCCGAACUCCUCGGAGACAGAUAUUAUUGCGAAAUCCUUAUCGGGAAAGUUCCGAAGAAGGCGGAGGGGAGAUCCCGAAGAUCCCUCCAUGAUCCCUAUCCCGAGAAAAGGUAAAAGAAAAAGGUGGGGGAUUCUUCUUAUCCUCUUCUGGAACAUAUAGUUUAAAAGAGACAAUUAAUCCUCGAUAGAGGGGGAGCUAACUUGAUCGUCGGAGAUCGACCGGGGGAACAAGUCCCCAUCUCCAUUGCAGGUACCUUCGGAGAGGCAAGAAGGGAGCGUGCGGCUACCUCUUCAUAAAAUUAACCAUCAAAUACUGAUACAAAAUCUGGGAACUGUUUUCUUUUAACUAAUGAGCACCCAACUCUCCUUAAAAUCAGACUGUUUAAAUUCCCACAAAAUUAGAGUGAUUGUUCUAUAUCAUCAAUAAUUCUAGCAAAAAUAUUAAUAUGAUUGUUCUAUAUCAUCAAUAAUUGUAUACUAAUAUGAUGAUUUUUUUUUUAUGUGCUUAAACCUAACUACUAGAACUAGAAGACAAACUACACAAGGCCCGUGUGUGAUUGUGAUGGAUCAUCAAAAAAUUCAAACCUGAAUAUGAAAACUUAAGCCAUGAGCAAAUUGCCAGAUGACCCAACUCAUUAAAGUGGGCAAGAGGCCACUGAAUUUGAGGAAAUUGGGGCAGAUAGAGCCUGCACUUUCUCACAAUCAUGCUUCAAGUUUCAACAUGCAGAAUCAUUGCUUCCCAGAUUUCUCCCUAUCCCAAACAGUCAAAAGAAACAUUAAUUUAGGCCAAGCAACAAUGGCGGAGAUUGCAAUCCAUUUAUUCCCGUGACUCGUCUUCAUCUCCAUUCUCUACUACUGUUAUAUAUGGUCCACCCACCAACCAAUGGAAAAUAAUGAUAAGAAUCAGAAGAGAAGAGAAGACAAGUGGAGGUAGCAGUAGCAGCAGAAACAGCAACAAAUGUUGAUCAGAAAGAAAAGGUUGAAUUGAAGAAGAACAUGAUGAACAAAAGCAAAACCCAACUUGGGCACUCACUUCCCGGCUGUAAAGUGCAGGGUUGACUCCAUUUUUCCUUCUCUGGCUCUGUUUUUGGAUCGUGACUCUGAUGGUAGAGCUGCCCUCUCUCUCUCUCUCUCUCUCUCUCUCUCUCUCUCGAGCUUCUUGCCUUCUUUAAUCAAUCUUUUCACGCCUUUUUUCUCGAUUAUGAGAACCCGCAACCACCAGUUGUUUUAAGUGUGCGCACAUAAAUUUAUUAGGUCCACGAGUUGCUCUGAGAGAUUUGAACCCUAAUAAUAGAAGAGACCAUUGUAGAGACCAUUCUAGGCCCUUCAGAGUUAUUGUCUCUCUUUUAAAGGUUUGCACAUCACUCUCUCUCUCUCUCUCACUUAUCCUGUCCUCGUUAUUUCUACCCAUCUCUCCUUAUUUAUGUUUCACACUGCUCCCCAGGGCUGCAGGUUCAGUUGGGUAUCUUCAGUCCUCUUGGGUCAAUUUCACAUCCCAUAGUCUCUGUUUCUCUAUCCUUACUAAUUCCUUAUUGGGUUCUUUCUAUGCAUGACUGCAUUUUUGUUAACUAAAAUACGCAAUCAUUACCCUAAUUUUGAUCCAUGACUUGUUUACUAUAUAGCUUUUGCACCUCUUGAGUGCUCAUCAACUUUGCCCUCUAUAACAAUCUUGCCAUGGAAACCUAGCAUCUAGGUUUUUUGUUUUCUUGCCCUCUUUUCAUCCCUUGGGAAAUGGCAAGGCAGAUGACUCAACACGUUCAGCAACAUCUCCAUUUGGUGCUGAUGGCUUGCUGCUUGUUUAUCGUCAAGGUUGAAUCUUUAAACCAGGAAGGGUUUGUUCUCUUGGAGUUCCAAAGAUCCCUUCUUGAUCCCCACAACAAUCUCCAAAGCUGGAACCCCUUUGAUUUAACUCCAUGCCAUUGGAGAGGUAUAGCUUGCACUGAUGAAUUCAAGGUAUUUUCUGUCAAUCUCAGUGGCUUAAACUUGUCUGGCAAUCUAUCUCCCUUCAUUUGUAAGAUCCCUUACUUGACUCUGUUCAACGUUUCAUCCAAUUUCAUUGCUGGCCCCAUUCCUAGUGAUCUUGCUUACUGCCAUAAUUUAGAGGUUUUAGACCUGUGCACUAACAGAUUCCAUGGGGAAUUACCAGCCCAAAUCUGCAAAAUUUCAACCCUAAGAAAGCUCUCUCUGUGUGAGAACUAUAUAUAUGGUGAAAUCCCAGAGGAGAUUGGGAAUUUAACUAUGCUUGAAGAGAUAGUAAUUUACAGUAACAACUUCACUGGAAUGCUCCCACUUUCACUUGGUAACUUGAAAUGGCUAAGGAUUAUAAGGGCCGGCCGAAACUUCUUCUCCGGUCCAAUCCCGGCAGAGAUCAGCAAAUGUGAGGGCUUGCAGGUACUGGGGUUGGCACAGAAUAGGUUAGAAGGUUCUUUCCCUGUAGAGCUUCAGAGGGUUAAGAAUCUCACUGACUUGAUACUUUGGCAAAACCUUCUCUCUGGCGAGAUUCCUCCUGAAAUUGGGAACUUCAGCAGCUUGGAACUGCUUGCUCUGCAUGAAAAUUCCUUUAGUGGAAGCCUCCCCAAGGAGAUUGGAAAAUUGACCCAGUUGAAGAAGUUGUACAUUUACACCAACCAGUUGAAUGGAACAAUUCCUAGGGAGUUAGGAGAUUGUUCAAGUGCGGUUGAGAUCGAUCUUUCUGAGAACAAUUUAAGUGGGUUCAUUCCACCAGAGUUGGGCCGGAUUCCUAACCUCCGCUUGCUCCAACUUUUUGAAAACCUCCUGCAGGGAAGCAUACCAAGAGAGCUUGGACAGUUACAGCAGCUGAGGAAGUUAGAUUUGUCGAUAAAUAAUUUGACGGGUAGAAUUCCCUUGGAGCUUCAGAACCUCACAUUCUUGGAGGAUUUACAACUCUUCGACAACCAUCUUGAGGGAACUAUUCCCCCUCUUAUUGGCGUUAACAGUAACCUCUCCAUUCUUGACAUGUCUGCCAAUCAUCUCACAGGUAGCAUACCUCCACAACUUUGCAAGUUCAGGAAACUGAAUUUUCUAAGCCUUGGCUCGAACCAGUUAUCUGGAAAUAUUCCUCAUGGUCUGCAAACGUGCAAGUCCCUUAUACAGCUAAUGUUAGGAGAUAAUCUGCUAACAGGGAGCCUCCCAAUUGAGUUUCCUAAACUUCACAACCUGUCUGCUCUCGAACUCUAUCGAAACAGAUUCUUGGGAGUGAUACUGCCCGAAUUAGGAGAGCUUAGGAAUUUGAAGAGGCUGCUCUUAUCUGACAACUACUUUGUGGGGAUUAUCCCGCCUGAGGUUGGAAAACUAGUACAGCUUGUCACAUUCAAUGUAUCUUCUAACCGGCUCACCGGGAGUAUUCCUCAUGAGUUAGGCAACUGUACAAAGCUCCAGAGGCUUGAUCUUAGCAGGAAUAAAUUCACUGGCUAUCUCCCAAAUGAGCUUGGCAACCUAGUGAAUCUGGAAUUGCUUAAGCUCUCUGAUAAUAGACUGAGUGGACCGAUACCAAGCACACUGGGGAGUCUAGCCAGGCUUACAGAAUUGCAGAUGGGAGGGAACUUUUUCUCUGGGUAUAUCCCUGUUGAGUUUGGUCAAUUUUUGUCUCUUCAAAUUGCCCUCAAUAUAAGCCACAAUGCUCUAUCCGGCACAAUUCCAGCCAAUCUUGGGAACUUGCAGAUGCUGGAAUCGCUAUAUUUAAACGACAAUCACCUUGGUGGUGAAAUUCCAGCUUCAAUUGGCGAGUUGAUCAGCCUGCUGGUCUGCAACCUAUCCAACAAUAACCUCGUUGGAGCAGUGCCAAACACCCCUGUUUUCAGAAGGAUGGAUUCUAGCAACUUCGCUGGAAACAAUGGCUUGUCUGGAUUAGGUUCUACGCGGCGCUGGCCAUAUUCAACAAGCUGGUUAAAGGAGGGUUCUUCCAAAGAGAAACUAGUGAGCAUAAUCUCUGUGAUUGUGGGAUUGAUCUCUUUGGUUUUGACAGUAUGUGUUUGUUGGAUUAUAAGAGGCAGGCAGCCUGCUUCUGCUGCACUUGAAAAUCAAGCGAAACCCAAUGUGUUAGAGAAUUAUUACUUCCCAAAGGAAGGUUUCACAUAUCAGGGCCUCGUGGAAGCUACCGGGAAUUUCUCAGAAAGUGCGGUUGUAGGCAGGGGAGCCUGCGGUACAGUCUACAAGGCUGUCAUGGGUAGCGGCGAGGUGAUUGCUGUUAAGAAGUUGAAAUCUCGCGGAGAAGGAGCUAGUGUUGAUAGCAGCUUCCAAGCUGAGAUAUUGACCCUUGGAAAGAUUAGGCACCGCAACAUUGUCAAGCUCUAUGGCUUCUGCUAUCACCAAGACUCGAACGUUCUGUUGUACGAGUACAUGGCCAACGGCAGCCUAGGCGAGCAACUCCAUGGGAAUGGGAAAACCUGCUUAUUGGACUGGGAUGCCCGAUAUAGGAUUGCUCUUGGCGCAGCAGAAGGCCUGUGCUAUCUCCAUUGCGAUUGCAAGCCCCAGAUCAUUCACCGGGACAUCAAAUCAAACAACAUUUUGUUGGAUGAAAUGCUCGAGGCACACGUGGGGGAUUUUGGCUUGGCGAAAUUGAUCGACUUCCCCUACUCGAAAUCCAUGUCUGCUGUUGCCGGUUCAUAUGGCUACAUCGCACCUGAGUAUGCUUACACAAUGAAGGUUACAGAGAAGUGUGACAUCUAUAGUUUUGGAGUUGUUCUACUGGAACUGGUCACGGGGAGGUCUCCAGUUCAACCCCUCGACCAGGGAGGCGACCUAGCCAAUUGGGUGAGAAGAUCAAUCCAAUCGGGAACACCAAUGUGCGAUCUAUAUGACAAACGGCUGGACUUGAGCGCGACGAGGGCAACAAAGGAGAUGUCCCUGCUCCUGAAGAUCGCCUUGUUCUGCACUAGCACGUCCCCUUUUAACCGCCCAACAAUGAAAGAGGUCAUUGCAAUGCUGAUGGAUGCUAGAGAGGUUGUGAGCAAUUCGCCAUCAUCUCCAACAUCAGAAACUCCUCUGGAUCCGGAUGAAGAUGGCUCAUGAAGAGGUCACAAACUGAUCCUACUCCAACUCCCACUGCCGCUUACGCUUCAACUCUCUUCUCUUCCUUCUUUCUGAGGACUAACAACUUGCAGAUUUAAUGGAGAUCAAGGGAUGCUCUCACUCCGUGAUGAUCUGAACAGAGGAGAGGUUGGCUAUAUACAGAUAUCAAGGCAAGAGAAUCACAUUUGGACAACAACCCCAACCCCAUGCAAUAAAGAUGGAUUAUAAUCUGUUAAAAAGAAAAUAAAAUGAUUAUUCAUUCGAUCCUUCUCUAAGCAUUUCCUAUUUAAUAGAGAUCUGAUUUAUUCAUGUCGCUUUUUAGAAUUUUGGUAUCUCAGAUCAUUUAUUUCUUAUUGAAAACUCUUUUUCUUUUCGACUUUUCAUGUCA